AUGAAGUUUGGGAAGAGAUUGAAGCAGCAAAUGCAGGGGACUUUGCCCGGUUGGCGCGAUAAGUUCUUGUCGUAUAAGCAUUUGAAGAAGAUUGUGAAGCUGAUUGCUUCUGCAGCGCCCAUGUUGUUGAAUGGAUCAUUGGAGUAUGGCAAGGCUGAGGCUGAGUUUGUGUAUCUCUUGAACAAUGAGAUUGACAAGUUCAAUGCUUUCUUUGUGGAGCAGGAGGAGGAUUUCAUUAUCCGGAAUAAGGAAUUACAGCAGAGAAUUCAAAAGGUGAUUGAUAGAUGGGGUUCGAAUGGAAGCCAGCCUUCAAAGGCUAUAUAUGAAGAAGAAGUGGGAAAAGUUAGGAAAGACAUUGUUGAUUUCCACGGCGAAAUGGUGCUCUUGGUGAACUACAGCAAUAUCAAUUACACAGGUAGUCCAUGGCUGAUGAAGCUAAUUAGCUCCUCAUUCUCCAAUACUUAUACAGCAAACCUUGAAGAAGUUACAAUCCAGUGCUCUACUGCGCUUGCCAUUCAUUCAAAAAUUCUGGAGCAGCCCUUUUUUACAACUGACAACAUCUCAAAGCUUGUCAAGGAAUGCGAAAACACCAUAGAUGCAGUGUUCCCAGUGGAGGAAGAAGAAGAAGAGAGAAAAAGAGAAGUGAAAGAAGCCAUAACAGUUGCUGGAGAAGGAAUAUUUAGGAACACAGUUGCAGCUCUGCUGACCAUGCAAGAGAUUAGAAGAGGCAGCUCCACUUACAGCCAGUAUUCUCUGCCACCUCUCAAUUUGCCUGCAGACAAUGAUCUCAUCCAGUUGUUCAAACUCAGCCCUCCUAUACCUAUUGUCUAA